AUGAUGCAGCACAUGCCCAACGAGAUUUUGGCUCACAUCUUUUCCAACCUUGAGUGCAAGGAUGCGGAAGAUGAAGAGGACCCCAAAUCCUCAUAUUCGUCACUCUUGUCCCUGAGCCGCGUUUGCAAAAAAUUCCGUCCGCUUGCGGAGGCAUCCCUUUAUACAAACAUUUUUCUCCUUGAGGAGGACGACGGUCGACGAUGGCAGCAACUUGCAACAGACCUACAGCGAGAUCCUAAACUAGGUCUCAACACGAAGCAGCUCUGCAUCGGGAGGUUCGAUCACAUAGCGUCCCCUGAUCUUAUUCACAGCCUGGCCAAGCAUUUCUUAAACUUUUCCCUAUCAACCGACUGUGAUAGCAUUCCCCCAGGUCUCAGGACUGUCAUACUGCGCGAGUUGGAAUCCGAUAUAUGGGAUAGGCCAUACCCAAGUUUGCGAGCGCUCUUCUUGCUUCUGAUGCCACGUCUGCAAAAGAUCGACCUGACACUUAACGACAUGAAUUCUAUGCCGUUUCUUUUGAGUGAGAGAUUCAACCGUGACGAGGACUACGGUUGUGAUGGACUUGAGAGCGACAAAGGUCGUUCCCGCCAUGACCUUGUCCCCAACACGCGCUAUUUCCGCGAUCUCGAGACGGUAGCUCUCAGAGUCGGUUACGACUCGCCGAAUGCGCCGCCAACACGAGCGAGAACCUUGAGGGGCCUUCUGUACCAUCCAAAUAUCAAGGCCCUGAAACUUGACGGCUUUGUACUGUUGCGCGGUUCUUGUAUAGGUUUGUGUCAUAGCAAUGUGCCUAGCAACCUGACAAGUCUCGACUUUGACAACUGCGCGUUGACACCCUAUUUACUCAAACGCAUCUUGGAGAGGUUCAGAAAUCUCAAACAUCUCAAUUUGGCCCUUGAGGGCUUUGGAGGCCAUGACGAUCCUACAAGCAAUCUUGAGGACUUUGGUUCCGUUCUGAGAGAGUUUGGGCAGAAUUUGGUCGAGCUUUCAAUAUCGAAACCAAUCUACGAUCCUCAGUUAGCCGGGCCACAUAACUACGUCGGAUCUCUCAGAGAACUGACAGGCCUUAGACAUCUAUACAUUGGCAGGCUCAACUUAGUUGGAUCCACAGGUGAAGGUACAGAGCAACAGAUAAUGCUACAUGACGCCCUCCCCCAGUCAUUGGAGAUUCUCACUCUUGAACCAGGGGUGAAAGGCUGCUCGUGUGACUUGAAUAUAGUCAGACAGACGGAGCAGCAAGUUUGUAAUAUGCUCAGGCUCCGACAAGCCCCACCGACUCUAAAACAAGUCCACAUGAAGCCGCCGCCGGGGCCGGAGGCGCGAGGUCAUCAAAUGCAUGAAGUUGUUGAAUUGGGAGGCUGGCAAAUCGGAAAAAAAGGUGUAUGGGUGCGGAGAAGAGGAAAUCCGGGGUUCGGCAUGAUACAUUUCUUGGCCACAGCGACUCGGGUUGAAUAA